UUCACCCUUUCUUUCCCUUUCCCACCAUUUUUAAAGCAAAGCUCACACCCAUAUAAAAACCAACCCAAGAGCAUUGAUCAACCCCAAGAGCAUAUUCUUUCUUUCUUGUUUCAAUUGAAAGAAAGAAGAAGGGAGAAAAAGAACAAUAUUUGAUCUCCUUCUGAUCUCAACUCAUCUGUUGAGCUUCUUUCUUUCCCUCAUGGAGAUUGCUUAUCAUUGAACAUAUAUUAGCUAGCUAGCUAGGGGGUGGUACGGUGUUAAAUUAUUACAAAAUAUGGCAGAGAAAAACCCUAAUUAUCCAUGCAAAUUGGAGAUGAAGGUGGCCAAAGCAACAACAACAAAGGCUCCAAAAGAGCAAUUGGAUUGCCCAAGAUGCAAGUCUAACAACACCAAAUUUUGUUAUUACAACAAUUACAGCCUCAAUCAACCAAGAUACUUUUGCAAAUCUUGUAGAAGGUAUUGGACUGAAGGAGGGUCCCUCAGAAAUGUCCCCAUUGGAGGAGCUUCAAGAAAGAACAGAUCAAAGUCAUCAUCAACAACAACAAUUACAACAACAAGUACUUCUUCUUCAUCUGAUUAUUUCUGCAGUAACAAUAACAAGAACCAAAAAUUACCAAAUUACCCUUCUUCAUCUCAAAUUUCUACUCAAAUCCCAGUUGGAUUAAGAGAUCUUAAUCUUGCUGAUCAUGAUCACCUCCCUAAGGUUGAAAAUGUCAAUUAUAAUAAUUUUGCAUUUGGUUUUAGGGGUUUGAGUUCUUUUAUCCCUAAUCUAAUGCCAAAUUCCAAUCAUAUUAAUAAUAAUGGUAAUUUGGGGAUUAAUAGUAAUAGCCAAUAUCCAUCAAGUGGGUUUUCUUUGGGUGAUCACGUUGAUGAGUUUAAGCCAAGUUUUGGAAUCAAUUCUGUUGAUGGAAGAAACUUAUUGCAGCUUCCUUUUCAAGAAUUGAACCAACAAUCUGCUGCCCCAAAUGAAGGUGAUCAUCAAAAUUGGAGUGAGAUGCUUGGGGGUGGAUCAUUGUAAGAAUGUCCUUUUUCUAAAAAAAUUUAAUUUCAAACCCUAGAUAUCCUUUUCCUAUGAUAAUUAUGAAGUUUCAUGGAAUGAACUAGUAAACAAUGUUUCGUACAUGGUGGAUCUCUUUUCAUUACUAGAGAUCUAAGAAUUUACUUGAGCCUUUUGGUUUGUAAAUUUUUGUGAUGAAAAUUAGAUAUACAUAUAUGUGCUUAUUUAAUUUGCUGA